UGAUUUUAUUUAUUUCCUUUGACCUUCUUUUAUGACUUAAUCCUGCUUUCUAUGGUGGUCUUCUUUUGUUUAAAACUUGUAAGGGUAUUUCAUGCCUUCACCCCAAAACCCCACUGUAAAUGAGAAAAUGUCUACUUUGCUUUAUAGCAUUCUUUAGGAAACAAAGCAGCAUUAUACACUUUAAUUCCUUUUUAAAUCACUCAUAAUGCAGAACUGUUUAAAUAUCUUGAUUUCUAGUUGCUUUGUAUACAGUUAGGCAAUUCGAUCUUCACAGUAAGAAGUCAUCUCUUCUUAAUUAGCCGGUUCUUGACAUCAUCACCAUUCCAGAAAAUUGAGUCGAAUUUUAGUAAUCUCAGUUAACAUGUCAAAACGAAGAAACAUAUCAGGCAAGUAAUGACAUAGUGAAGCUUUACGAAACAUGCUACCCUGUAAGUUUUAAUUAAAUGAAACCAUAAAAUCUAUUUUGAGACCAAUCCUGUAGUUCCAGUAAGCUAGCCAUUUGAUGUCCUGAUAUAUCCUCUUUUUUUCUUCUUUUUGGGGUAUCCUUGGCUCCAGUUUGCCUAAUUAAGAUUGAAAAGGGGAAAUUGUUGCCAGUUGCAAAAAAAAAAAAAAAAAUUGAAUGCUUCUGGUAGGCAGGUAUUUGAUAUCCAGCUUGUUUGCAAGGGGGAUGUUUAGAGGAAUUGGGAUGGAACGGCACAGGAUUGGUGGACGGCUUUUGUUGGUGUGGCUCCUUGCCAGGCCCUUAUGUCUUUAUAUACAGUAAACAGAUGACCAGACAGUCCUGAGUGCACUUUGGUAUCCACUCUGUGUGUCUUAUUCUCUCUCUCUCUCUUUCUCUUCCUCUCUCUCUCUCUGCUCGUCUCUUUUGUCACUCCUGUAGGCUGGUGCAGGCAGGUUGCAGCUCUCAGCUCCAGUGAUCGAGCCAAAACAAGAAAACGUACUUAGUCCCAGUUCAAAAAUAUUAGAAGCAGAAGUUUUCACAGAGACAGCAUUCCUCUUUGUGCGUAAAGAUGCAUGUGCAGAUAUUCAUCCUGUCGGUGGUGUCCCUGUGGGAUCUGGCGCAGAACUUCCGCGCAGAGGCAACGUUCAACAACCACGAGCAUUCCGCCAACAUGGAAAACCUCCUGCCCAGCGUCGCCCGGCCCAGCAACCGCAGCUACACUUUCUAUGGGAUCAUGUUUGAUGCCGGGAGCACCGGCACGCGUAUCCAUGUCUACACCUUCAUCCAGAAAGAUCCAGCUGAGCUGCCAGUUCUGGACAAUGAAAUGUACCAUGCAGUGAAGCCCGGAUUGUCUGCUUAUGCUGACAAGCCAAAUGUGGGUGGGGACACAAUUAGGCAGCUGCUGAAGUUGGCCAGGAAGACGGUGCCUCGCUCCGAGUGGAAGAAAACCCCAGUGGUCCUGAAAGCCACAGCGGGGCUUCGGCUGCUCCCCGCGGAGAAGGCGAAGGCGCUGCUGGACGAGGUCAAAGAGGUCUUCAACGAGUCCCCAUUUUUAGUACCGAACAACAGUGUAUCCUUAAUGAAUGGAAAAAAUGAAGGAGUCUUGGCUUGGGUAACAGUAAACUUUUUGACAGGACACUUGUAUUCGAAUACAAAAAGGACUGUGGGAAUCUUGGAUUUAGGAGGAGGUUCAACACAGAUCACUUUUCUCCCAAAAUCCAAGAAAACCAUCACUUCUGCCCCACCCACUUACAUUGCUAGGAUGAACAUGUUCAAUGGCACUUAUGAACUGUACACUCACAGCUACCUCGGAAAUGGACUGGUAGCAGCUCGAUUGGCAACCCUCGGAGCUCUUGGUGCUGAUGGAUUAGACUGGAAAGUCUUCACAAGCUCGUGCUUGCCCAAGAAGUUCAGAGAGGACUGGACUUUUGGUGGGCUCACUUACAAAGUCAGUGGGAUCCCAGAUGGUUAUGCAGGGUACAAGCUCUGCUACUACGAGGUCAUGAGGGUUGUCAAGGGGAUUGUGCAUCAGCCGUUCGAGGUGAAGGGGAGCAGCAUUUUCUAUGCCUUCUCUUACUACUAUGACAGAGCCGUGGAGUCAGGUCUCAUUGAUGGCAACCGUGGUGGAGUUGUGGAAGUUAGGGAUUUCAAAAAGAGAGCAAAAGAAGUGUGCAAUAAAAUGACUAAGUACCGUCCCAUCAGCCCCUUCCUGUGUAUGGACAUGACAUAUAUCACCUGCUUGUUAAAGGAGGGCUUUGGCUUCAAGGACAGCACAGUACUUCAGCUCGCUAAGAAGGUGAACAAUGUUGAGACCAGCUGGGCUUUGGGCGCCACGUUCGACUACUUUCGCAACCUGAACAUCCACUGAGGACAGAAAGGGGUCACUGGCAUGGAGGUCAGAGGUCAUCAUUGCCUGGCCUUUGCCUCACCAACACCCAGGCUGCCUCGCACUGCGGUUUCAUGUAAAACAACCCAUCGCCCUCACCUUGCAACUCACAAAUAAUCUCAGAACUGUUGAUAAAGAAAUCACUAUAUUUUUUUAAGAAUGCCAGCUAUUUCUACUGUAUGUUCAGUCCAUGAUAAGUGCGUGAGUUUAUUUUUUUUUACACAAGCGUUUACAUUUAGCUUCUUUUGGGUCUCUAUCCUAAAACUCUGUCCUGGUAAUAUUACUCAUUAUUCAAAUCUUUUAUGGUACUAAGGGAAAAUUCUCACUGUGGUUUUAAAAGGCAAGAUAUGGACAUAAACUGUAAGACCCCAGUUUGUGUUUUUGUUUUGCAGUGAUUUUGUUGUUAUUUUAUUGUAAAAUUAUUUAUUAACCAAAAAGAAAACUUUGAAAAAAUAGUUCCAGAAACAUAAAUAGUAAUGUAUGCUUUGAAGUAGCUCUUGGUAAGGAUUGAUUAGACUAAAACAAAAUUAUAAUAUCUUUCAGAUACACCCCAACUGUUCUUGCUUAUUUCUUCCUGUUUUGCACGUUACACUUUAAUUGCAGAUACUGUACCUAAUGUUGCUUAUCGUCAGCGAAGGAGUUGUACAUAUUAAUUAAUAUUA